UUCUGAUUCACCAAUCUCACCCCGACCUGCAGACGUGGAUGAAUCUCAGACCUUGAUCUAGAGAGGCCUCAGACAAUCUUUGUUGUGUGGCGUUGUAGGCUAUCAUUCUCCAACGAAGCUAUCUUCUUCCCAAGAUCACCUGCACUUCUCUUAUAAAUAAACCCCCAAUUAAACCCGCGGGAUCUCUCUCUCUCUCUCUCUCUCUCUCUCGAGUUUUUGGGUUGAGAGGUGCCAUUUAAAGGGCGAAGAUCUAGCAGCAGUUCAUUUCAUGUCAGAUAGCUGCAACUCUCGCCACUUCUCAUGGCUCGUGAAAUCUUGCUUCCCCACCAACCAACAGCAUGAUCCCCACCAGCCCCAACCCCUUCCCCACCACUCCACCGCCACCGCCACCGCCGACCGCCACCGCCGCUCAACUCCCAUCUCCUCCCUCCCCGACGACAUUCUCCUUGAAUGCCUCUCUCGAGUGCCCCCUUCCUCCCUCCCCUCCGUCUCCCUCGUCUGCCGCCGCUGGUCCCGUCUCCUCCACUCUCCUUCCUUCACCCUCCUCCGCCGCCGCCUUGGCCUCCUCCGCCUCACUCUCUUCGCCGUCGCUGUAUCCGAUUACGGCCUCUUAACCGCUUCCCACUGCUUCGAAGAUGAGUCCUGGCAAUUAACUUUCUUCCCUACCCCCGACGAGGCCGUUUUGACUCACGCGCGCGCGGUCGCCAUCGGUCGGAGGAUUUACAUCCUUGGUCGGAAUGUGAUGAUCCGAUACGACGCCUGGACAGGUACAAUGUCUGAGAAAUCGCCGACGGUAUUCCCGAGGAAGAAGUUCGCCGCCGCAGUGAUCGCUGGAAAAAUCUACGUCGCCGGCGGCGCUGCUCGGACGGCGGCUGUGGAGGAGUACGAUCCAGACACCGACGAGUGGCGUGUGGUUGCAGACGCGCCUAGGAGGAGGUACGGGUGCAUUGGCGCGGCUGUCGACGGGGUGUUCUACGUCAUCGGGGGAUUGAAAAUAGGCGCGUCAGGGAACGAGCCGCCACGCGCCGCCGGGGUAGAGGCGCACGUCUACGCGAGCUCGAUGGACUUGUACGACGUGGAGGCGGGCGGGUGGCUGAGGAGCCGGGCGGUGCCUGGCGGCGGGUGCGUUGUGGCGGCGUGCGCCGCCGGCGGCCACAUUUUCGUGCUGGCGAGCCACGCGGUGGAGCUCUCCUUUUGGAGGUUCGACGGACGGAGAAAGGGAGGCGGCAGCGGCGGUGGAGGGGGUUUCGGGGAGUGGUGCAGGAUAAGAAGUCCGCCGCUGCCGGCUCAGGUUAGAGUGGACGGCAGUGUAAGGUUCGGGUGUGUGGGGGUGGGGGAGAAAGUGGUGCUGGUGCAGGUGACGGGGUCGAUCGACGAUUUGCUUCGGAGGAGCGGGAGAAGCGUUAGAGGAAUGAAGGGAGGACUGGUUCUGGUGUACGAUUGUAUCGCCGGAGAGUGGAGUCGAGGGGCGGAUCUGCCGGAGGUGUUGCGACGCGCCGCCUGCGUCUGCGUCGAGUGCUAAAUGGAUUCGCUUCGCUAACCUCUGGCCACUUGAGUUCGAAAUCGGACAAACCUCGGGCGGGGGGUGCAAGAACAUGCUCUGCACGCGGAUGUUAGAAAAAUGCAAGGCACGUUGCUAACAUGCGCGGGUGGAGGUGGAGAUAUAAAAAACAAAAAAAAUGAGAACAGCGUGGAGGCUUCACGUGGUGUUUGUUUGAAUCAGAAAUCAGAAUACAAAAUACGGCCGCAGCCCGCAGGGGAAUGGCGAUUUUGACCCAACAGAGUUUUUAUUUUUUAUUUUUAUUAAAUUCAUACAUUAAUUUUUAUUUUUAUUUUUGUUAUUUAUAAUAUUAUUGUGAGGUCAAAAUAGCAACAUUUGGGUUUUGUUUAUGUGAUUGGAGAUUUAAUUUAGAAGCAAAUUGCUUAUUUAAUCUGUCUGUAUUAAUUAUAUAAGAAUAAAAAUUUGUUCGUAAAGAAGAGAUUUCAA